AUGAGAGUUUCAGGAGCCAUCCCUCUCCUUCUUUCCGCUAUAUCGGUUUAUGCUGAUAAAGAUACAUCCUAUUACAAUGCCAAUCACGGAAAUCCUAAUGUGAAGCUAAAGAUGUACUGGAAGGAUGCCGACAAUAUCUUUGACGAUCUUUCACAGUUUUCUUCACUUCGUAUUGUAUAUCACAAUUGUGUUUGGAGUUAUGUCUAUGAUGAGAAUGAUAACGAACAAGCUGAAGAUGGAAGUGACACUUGGUACCAGGGGUCCGUUCCUAGUAUGGGAGCAAAUGUCGCAUUUAGUCUCUACGGUACCCUUAAAGGACAACGAAACAAGGGCUGUAACGAGAAAACUUUCAUCAACUCGUUCUACACCAAUACUGGAUUCUACGAUUUUAUUCAAUCCAUGGAAUAUGCUGGCAUUACCAUUGACUCCAGUGGUUACACUGCCGAAUGUGGAGGCGCUGUUGGCGUUGGAUGCGACUACGACAAUGGAUUCGCACUUCAUACCUACAGCACCGAUCAAUGUAACCCUGCGUACUUCUCUGGUGUUUCGGAUACACUUACAUACCUCAAUCAAGGCAUGAAGAAUGUCCAAUGUACCGAGAUAUACAAUUCCAACUCAGGCUACUCUGACGACGACACCUAUGGUGGUUCUUCAUCCGCUUUGACACUCCUCAAGUCCAGUAACAGUUGCAAUUACAUGAACUAUUGGUCCCCUGAUGGAAACUGUCCCGACCCAUAUGGAAAGAUCAAGAAGUACAUUUCCAACUAUAACAACGGAAUCGAGAAGGCGUAUCGCAAGGACCCAAUCAAGACGUACAAUAGAAGGAUGAGAAGAGCCAAGACAAUGAUGCUUGUUGGCACCCUCUCUUUCAUCCUUGCUGGUCUUAUCAUUCACCUUUUUGCUGGUAUGAAUGAUCCCAAGAGACGUGCCAAGAUUCUUGCCAUUCAAAAGAAGUUUUUUUCACGAAAGAAGAGGUCCAAGAAGAAGUCCAAGUCGACGCAAGAAAAGUCCGAAAGAAGCUCGCGAUCCUCUUCUUCUUUUUCUACUAGACCAGACCCCAUGUCCGUGAAUCAAUCAAAGCUUGGAACAGCACCUAGUCCAGAAUCCCCUAGAGCUGCUGAUCCCCCAGCGAUCGAGAGUAGAGGUUCUCCACUAGGCCGCAUGCUUUUGUCAUCGCGAAGCAGAUCUCCUUCAAAGAAGAAGAGCAGCUUUUCGAAAAUGUUCAAACGAAAGAAGGAAGGAAGUGAUGAUCUGCAGAUCUGUGACACUGAUGACUUCGAAGACGAGGGCGCCGAUCGAUACGCUGUCGCACCCGAUGGAGGACCACAAGAUCCCCCAAUCGUGGUUUCGAGAACAGCUAGUCAUUCUUCCGCCGAGAUUAUCUAG